UCCAAAUGAUUGAAUGAAGAUUACAGCUGACGGAAAAUGGAUACCUGUACUUAAAAUCGUUGUCAUCUGCUGUGUUAGCUAACAUCAGCAUCGGAUGUAUAUACAUGGAUCGACGGAGGACAGUUCAUUUAAUAAAUGUGUGUAUUUAUUUUUAUAAUAUUGAAUUGUGAUAAAAAGAAAAAUAACUUCUUUCGCAGUGUUUAUAUCUAGGAUUUCAACUUCCUUUGUCCAUUUAUGUUACGUGGCCGGUGAAGAAAGUAAAAAAAAUCUGGAAAAAAUAGACAGGGUCGUGUUAGACAAUGUCGCGUGGUGGUGCAGUGACUAAUAGACGCUAUUCUUACCCCGUGAUAAAGCAAGAACAGGAUGACAGUUCGGAAUCUGAGCAAAUUAUGAACUUGACAAGCAUUUUCAGUUCGCCCUCAUACAGGUCAUCACAUACACUUUCGAAUGUGAAAGAUGAGACUUCCCAGUGGAGUUAUGUGUCGGGAUCGCAGGGUUUGACUCCUAGUGGACAUUCGUAUAGACCUUUAUCGGAAAACAUAACCACACCACGUACUCAGGCAAAAAGGAAGUUAGAACUUGAUAUACAACAUGAAGAUUUCAAAACACCUGCCAAGUCCUCUAAACGCAGAAGACUAGCAUCAGAACAGAGUCCCAAAGUGCGGUCUCCAUUAGAGAAGACUAGAUAUGACACCUCACUGGGGCUUCUUACCAAGAAGUUUGUUGGACUCAUCACCAGUGCACCAGAUGGGGUCUUGGACUUGAACAGAGCGUCUGAAUUUUUGGAAGUGCAGAAACGACGCAUUUACGACAUCACUAAUGUGCUAGAGGGCAUCAACUUGAUACAAAAGAAAUCCAAAAACAAUAUUCAGUGGAAAGGCUGUACAAAUUCUAUAGCUGCCAAUCCCAAGCUUGACAGUCAGUUAAGCUGUGCAACUGUGGAUCUUCAUUCAGAUCUUGCAGAUUUGGAGGCUAAAGAAAACCGGUUGGACCAGAUCAUAACUUCCUGUACCCGGUCUUUGAAGGAGACCACAGAAAACCCAGAGAAUUCUAAAUAUGCAUAUGUGACAUACCAAGACAUACGGAGCAUCAAAUCAUUGGAUGAACAGACAGUUAUAGCUAUAAAAGCCCCGCCGGAAACCAGACUUGAGGUGCCAGACCCCGGCGAUAACAUUCAGAUAUGGCUGAAGAGCUCAAAGGGUCCAAUUGAGGUCUACCUCUGCCCCGAGGACGCUGGAGGCUCAGGGUCGAGCUCAGGUUCUGAUGCUGCCAAUACUACCUCCUCCUCCGCCACGGACAGCGCCUGCGGCAGUAACACCAGCGCGAGCAGCGGCGAUGACUCGUUCUUCUCGGAGGACUCUACUUCCUGUGAUAGCUUUAAUAAAGGGCACCCAACGAUGAAGAACGCGUUGUUGGAAGACCAGGACAUCUCUCCUAACCUUGACCACUCCCUUCUACUGCAGACGGAGGAUCAGCAUCAAAAUGACGACAACUUUGUGCAGUUGGAGCCCCCAAUAGGCGCACUAGAGGACUACAUGUUCAGUCUGGAGGAGACCGAGGGAAUCAGUGACCUUUUCGAUAACUAUUUGUCAGAGUUAACCAGCAUUGACAUCUCUGUUUGAUGGAUAUCAAGCCUGAAAUGUGCAAAUGUACUUAGUUACUUUUAUUGAAGCUGAACGGGUACACUGAAAGUUUUGGUGCAAUCAGAAAAUGGGAUAUCACCUAAAUUGUUGCCAGAUCAACAAGAAUUAUAGGACAGGUGGACGCACGCAAAUUUGUUGAGUCUGUUGUGGGAGCUCGAUAUAGCAGUCGCAAUGGUUGAGCAUAUGUGCAUGGCUCCAAGCUUUCUGGGCUGUUACUUUGUAUUUCAUUGUGGAAUUUGACCACCAAUGUUCGCCAUCAUGAGACAAUAUGUCAUGUGUAACACCCUUCUUAUUUCAAAGGCCAAGGUCACACUAAAAGGCCAAAGAUAAAAUACAGGGCUAACUCUGCCAUUUUCCAAAUUAGCCAAUGGCUAAAAAUUUACCUAUUUGGCUAAAGAAAAUUCUAUUUGGCUAAAACGUUUUCUACAUUUAAAAAUUGCCAAAAAUAGAGGAAUUUUGCCAUUGCAAGGCGAAUUUGGCUAAAGAAAUUUUUGAGCCAGGGGAAACCCUUAAAUAUAGCCCUGAAACAAAAUGUAAGGACUAUUGCUUUGUCAUUCAGAAUACUAUUUUAAAGUAUCUGACCACAAAUGACCACCAUCAGGAGAUGGCAUGUAGCUUGGCAACACCUGUGUCCUACUUCAAAGGUCAACAAACAGGCAAUAAUUAAGAGCGUUUUUUUGACGAUGGGCUUUACAUGUUGUUGAUUGACAUCUUGUAUUUUAUACUUGUUCACGAGUGUCUUAUUACCGAGUGUAAUAGUAAGUGGUGUCUGUCCAUGGAAAUCAUCUAGAUGACUUUGUCUGUUGUUUUUUCCUGUAUUGUAUUACCCUUGUCUGCUUUAUUUUGUGUCACAGUAACCUCAUAUGUUAUGUGUCGGAUUGAAAUAUAUAUAUAAAUAUAUAUAUCCAUUAUGAAUUAUUUAAAGUGAGCCAUAUAUGUCCAGCGUACAUUUUAAACGAAAAUAAAAGUGCUCAGAUUUUGCACUUGUACAGACUUAUUAUUUACAGAUUUUUUGUUUAAUCUGUUUAAAGAAUAGAUUUUUUUUCGUUUUUAUGCUUCUAUUUAUUGUGUAAGUGUGAUAUUGGUUGGCUUUGUUGAUGUGUUUAUUUGCUGUGAAAAAAAGUUAUACAAGCGAAAAAGUGGAUGGGUUCAUAUGCUUCCAUCCAAAUUACUGUUGAUGCUUUGAAUUUUGUCUAUGUUGAUUAAAUGUGAAUGCUGUGACAGUGAUAUCUGGCCUCAAAAUAUGUGUGUAUUAGAUUGCUUACAUUUGUGCAAGAAAUGUCUGACUAAUAAAUGAUAUUUGAAUGCAUGCAUGUUGAAUCAAAUUUAUAGAAACGUAGAGAUUUGAUGAAUACAUAUACAUUUGAUGUAUUUAUUUAUAGCUACAGUCAUAAAGUAAUUGUUCUUCAAAAUUAAAUCAUAGAUUUGAUGUUGUUAUUUAUAGCUACAGUCAUAAAGUAAUUGUUCUUCAAAAUUAAAUUUAAUAUUUAUCAAGAAAAAAUAAAAUUAAACUAAUUACAUUUGUACUAUUAUUUGUCAGAUAGUAAUGAUUGACCUAGUCAUACAAGAUGUUAAUAAUAACAUAUUGCUUGUGACUGAACGAGGGCUUAUACAUUUUCGGGUCUGUCGUUAAGUAUUUUGCUUGCUGUCAAUAGCUUAUAGUCAAAUGUUUUAUUUAUUUUGCAAUGAUUUAUUGCCGAUUAUGAAUGAAUGACAAAUAGAAUUAUGUCAAUCAGCAAAUCUGUGCCACAAUGCAACUGCCAAACAGUAAUUGUUCAAUUAAAAAAUGUUUAUGAAAAUAAAAUGCUCAGUUAAGUCUUAGCAAGACUUGGUUGCAACGUUGUUCAAAAGGUAUCAACAUCUGAAUUAUUUGUAUACUGAAAUUAACGUCUAUGGUCUGACAAUAUUUUCAGCUUAGUUAUUUUCAGAUCAAUCGGCUUGUUGACACUUAACCAAUUGGAAUCAAAGUAUUCACAAAAAUUACUUGUUCUGAAGUGUUAAUAAGUAGAACAUGGUCUUUUUGACCGACAUUUUGAUUAAAUAUUUCUAUCUGGCCUGAAUGAUGAUUUUCUUGUCUGUCAAAGUAUUGGGAAAAAAUCUCGCUGGGCAUUUCAAAUGACGUCCUUAUCAGCAUUGUCAUAAUACUAGGUAAGCAGGAAGUAGCUCGUACGCGAUUCUGUUGUUGAUCAUCCAUGCCAAAAAAGGCUUUGGUUUGGGUUUUAUUUGCAAAUUCUGCAAAUUUAUUUGCUUAACUUUUGUCGUGUUUGUUAAGUGUUGUAUUUAUAUAUUGUUGAAAAUGUUAUUAUGUUUAGAGAAAUAUAUUCUGGUAUAUGUUGUUUUUGAAAAAAGUUGCGUUGUGUGAAGCUCGAAAAGUGAUAUGACUUAUGAAAUAUCCAAGAAGUCAACAAUAGUAAUACAAUGAUAUCAAGUUACAAGCAAUGCAUUAUAUUCUUAUCUUCAGACUUUGGUAUUGAAGCUGUCUUUUAAGGAGUAGUACAUUUAAUCAACUAAUAAUAUUACUGGUCUGGAAAUGGUUGCAAGUGUUAUUUCAUAGUUUUUGUAAUUUAUGUUAAAUCAGGGUUCCAAGCCAACCUGGAAAUCUGUGAAAACCUGGAAAAAGACUCACUUUUUCCAGUCAGGGAAAAGUCGGGGAAUUUGGGAAAAGUUCCUGAAAUCAGGGAAAAAUCUGGGAAUUUUGUUUGGUCAGACUUUUCCGAUUUGUGUCGAGAAGUCCAUAUGAUUAAAACAGCAAACGAUUCCUCUGCAUGCCUAUGGUGGCUUUGUAGUAUAAAUGUAGCUUAGUUAUGUCUGCAACUGCUGUUUAUUGAGGGCAUCUGAAACAAGAAAUAGGUCGAAAUUAUGAUCCUGGAAUUUUUAUUUUCCAUCAGGGAUAAAUCAGGGAAUUUUGUUAAUAAAAAAAGUUGGGAACCCUGGUUAAAUGCAUUGCUGAACUGGAUAAAUACUGUAGAUUGCAGGGCCUUGGUUUUUGUUGUGCAGUGAAUUGCGUGAUGUGUUAUAAUAGUAAUGAAUGCUGUGUCAAGUAGUCUUUUGUUAACUGUUUAAUUUUAUUUGACUGAACUGAGAAUAAGCAUUUUGUAGAUGAUUUCUGUUUGCUCUCUUUUUUUACAAUGAAUUUAAUGUACAAGAUAUCUAAAUCUCAUUGGAUCUCAUUAGGUUAUUCCUAAUUUAAUAUGAUAUAAAAGAUUUUGUAUUAUACGUAUAUAGCCGAGUAUUUUGUCUCGAGUAUAAGGAAUUGAGGGUAUAAUUAAAUGAUUAUGGAAAAUUAAGUAGGACUUAAAAUCAACUUAAAAUAGCUGUGGAAAUAUUUUUUUUUAAUGAGAUGUCCCAUAUAAUGUUAUAAGUAAUUUUUCUUAAGUUGACAAAUAAUUUCUCUUUCAUUUUGUGUAUGUUGGAUUUAGAAUAGUCUUCAAAUUAAUUUAUUAAAUAUUUGUUAAUUGUGUAGACGUGAUGUGUACAUAUAUAUAUAUUUAUAGUAAUCCAAAUAGAUAAUGUACGUCCUCUUUAAAAACUAUUUACUUUGACUAAGGAUAAUUUGUAAUUUGUUUUAUUUUAAGCAAGGGAUGGGGAACAUAAAAAAUACACAUGUAAACGUUAAGUUAAGCAUCUAAACUGUUGAUAAGUACCUAUAGCCAACUGAUUCAAGAGCAUGUCAUUGGACUGCAUUUGUUUGAUUUGUUUCAGGAGAAACCAUUACUAGUUCAAAAUCACUCUUUAAAGCAAUGGGGUGCAUUACCACAUAAUGAAUAUAUUUUGUCCAAUAAGUGUAUCUUGCAAUUCCAGGAAGUUUUUACUUUUUUUGUGUAACUAUUCUCUAUUUGUGACAUGGUGUUACUCCCAUUUUGCCAUUUGUCACCGCAAUGUGUUCAAAAUUAAUUAUUUUGUAUUAUAAUUGCCACCGAAGUGUUCAGACUAAGCUUACAUGCCUCACAGUUGAAUUUUUCAAAUAAAUGUGCAUGUUAUUUUUCCACUAGAAGUGUUCAUAAUUUGAUCUAAUGAAAUUUAACUAUUAUGUAUUUAAAUAUUAUUCUGAUAACUUUAUUAUUAGUUAUCCUUAAGUGUUUACAAUUACCUAUUGCAAUGUUUUCAUUUAAUAUUUUGUCAUAAUAUCCAAUAGUGUUCAGUGUUUUCUGUUUCAAUAGUUUGUUUUUAAUCAAAAACCACAUAGUGUUCAAUAUAAAAUCAAAAAUCAUCUUUGAUAUGAUUAUUUGUAUUCCAAGCUUUUUUUAUAUCCCAAAUUGUGUUCAAAAUUCAUGGUGCCUUCACUUAAUUAUAAUCAUGGUAAAGAUUGUCGUCAUUAUAAAUUACAUUCUGUAUUUGUUGUUUUGAAUAAGUUUAUACUUGUCAAAAUGAUUUUGAAUUACAUUUAUCAUGUUUUCGAAAUUCAAGUUAGAGUGCAUAACUCCAUAGUUUUAGAAGCUACUUAAAACAUUCUUACAUUUGAAUUCUCAUUAACUGUUCAUCUGCUUUGUCAUGUGACCUUUUACUAGUAAAAAAAGACCUCAUUUUUUUCAACGACCCUCCAGAAACGAUAUACAAAUCUUGUUAAUAUCUUUCUCCAUUAGAUUUUUACUAAUAAAAUGUAACCAGAACAUAGCAUGGCAAACUUGAUAGGGACUGGAGUAUCAAGAUUCCAUGAAGCAGUGUAUAUUAUAUUGUGAUUUUAUUGGGCGAUUACUUCUAUUUUUAUCUAUAAUUUUAUACCUGAUUUUUACCAAAAUUACCUUUAUUUUACUGAAUCCAUCUUUGAGUCAUGUUUUCAUUGUAUAAAAUUCAUAACAUUGUCAUCCAUACUAAUUCAACCACCCUCUGUCGGAACACUGGAAAAUUAUUUUGUGUUCACACAUAUAUAUACAUAUAUUGUACUGUUUUUAUAUUGUGAUAAGUUGUUGACCGGGCCAAUACUUUCAUGGGAACAAAGUGCCUUUGUAAUUGUUUUAAUACAUGUAUAUUCAAAACUAUCAUGCAGGAUUCAAUCCACACUUCAUACAGUCAGCUGUCGGGUUGGAAGCCCUAUCGUCCAUGAUUUUUGCCAUAUAUAAUAUUAAAGUUAUAUUGUUUAAAAUAUCAGUAACUGAGUUAAAUACGAGUCAUUUGAAAAAAAACAACAACUGCCUUUUCAUAUAUUUGAAAAUUUAUAGAUGGCACUUAUGUAAAAUUACAUGUACAUGUUUACUGUAUUUUUGAAUGGUUCGUCUGCAUUAUUUAAAUUGGCAAUAGAUGACUUUAAACUCCUGGUACACAUUUUGUGCCAAUAUAGCCAUGAAAUACUUCCUAUUGAACUGUAUCCAACCCACAGCAAAGUAUGCCAUUUUAUCAUCCUCAUUUGUAAGUAAGCCAUAUUUUGCAAUUAUGUUAUAAGCAGUUGAUUUUGCCUUAAGUCACAAGAUGCCUUAAAUUAUUCGCUUUGUUCAAUUGAACUUUACAUAAUGUUCUUGUAACAAUUGUAUAUGUUUUCUUAUUGAUUACGCGUUAUUGUCAUUGUAUUUUUUUCAUAAUGGCAUCUUGCUUGUUUAAAAUGUUGCUCCUACACUGUUAAUUUUUUUUAUAAUUGUUUGCCAAAAUUAAGAUUUUUUGGAUUAAAACAAAUUGUAACCUCUUUUUUAAGAUAUAUGUAAGUCAGCAGUAGCUUCAAUAUCCUACUACUAGUAUUUUUCCCCUUCUUAGUAAAAUACUAACAUAUUGUUUCCUUUAUGUAGUAUACAUUUAGAAUAUAUUCUCGUUAUAAGAACAUUCAAAUUCAUGUAUUUACGAGUAGAUACCAAGCAAACGAGUUAUCCAUGAAUAAGUGUGUCCACAAAAUCGUCUUCGGACAAACCAGGAAAUGUCAUGCCGACCAAUGUAAAGGAAUAUGCAGUAUUUCCUUCACCCACUGAAUUGUUAACUUACAAUUUUGCUGUGAUUUGUCACCAUAACACGGUUUGGGUUUGUUUUUUUUGUAUUUGAAGUGUCCUCAGCCGUUGAGAAUGAACGGGAUUUUAAUGUUUCUAAUUUGGAAAAUAAACAUCACAAACGUG